UUUAAACUGCUUGGUCCUGUAAAACCAAACAAGAAUUAGCUCUGUGAUAUUUAUUACCAAAAUUAAAGCAUCAAGAUUUGGUACUUACAAUGUUUGAAGUAUGCUGCCGUUUAUGCCUGGAGCAAACACAUCUGAACAAAAUGCAUUCCAUAUAUAGUGACCAUAAAUCAUACAGUAUUCGUGAUAAAGUUUCUCAAUUAUUUCAAAUACAGUUUUCCGAUGCUGAAAAAUUAUCUGCAGUUUGUAAUAAAUGUUUGAAGAGGAUUGACGUAGUGAACGAGAUUUACAAUCUUUUCCAUGAAUCCGAUAAAAAGUUUCGCAGUUUUUUGCACGGGAAUUUAGUGGGAAAUGUGGAGACUUUACCCGUCUCACACAAUAAUAAGACGUUGGAGUCUAAUACUGUGCACAGCAUUGCAGCUGACAGCGGAAAUAAUCCAUGUCAACAAUCUUUCAAUCCUGAUUCUAUUACCGAUUGUUGUACUAAUCAGUCUAUAAUUUCAAAAGAAUCAACUUUAGAAGAAAUGUUUGAUGAAAACGCAACUGUUGAAGUUUUAGAUAAUGAAUCCGAGCAAUUAUCAGAUCAGGUUUCGGUAUAUGGAGAAGAAUUCUGUUCUGAGCAAAUCAUCUCUGAAGAGGAAUACGUUGUGAUUUACACGUCUGAACAAAGUAGUGACACCGUAUUAGAGAAUAUUAAAACAAAAGAUACUAUCGAUCAUUCGGAAUGCAAAUACGAGAUAGAAGUCAGUGGCAAAUUAUCGUUAACCAACAAGGAUAUUGAUCGAAACAAAGAUGAGUUUACAUGUGAUGUAUGCUUUGACGUAUUUGAAAACGAAAUGACCCUUUUCAAGCACACCAAUACUGCUCACUUUGCGGAGUGUUCAAAAGCAUGUAAAAACUGUUUAAAGGUAUUUAAGACAAGUUGUGAAAUGCAGAAACAUAAUUGUACUUCAAAGGCGCACAUAAUUAAGUGUUUAGAAUGCACUCAAGAUUUUGAAAGUCAAAAACUUCUACGCCUUCAUAUGCGUAAUGCCCACACGAAACGUACGUGUUUCAGCAAUCGUCAAUCCCGGAAAGUUAUUAUUCACAAAUGUGAUUUUUGCACGGAGAUUUUACCCAAUUCCCAUCAGCUUAUAGAGCAUGGAAAACUUGUCCAUCCUAGUCAAUUUAUACUACAUCCAUGCGACAGAUGCGAGAAGAGCUUCGGAAAUGUACAGUCGAUCCGUUCACAUUUACUGGCUCACGAUAAAAACUAUGAAUGUCGACAUUGUGGAAAGCUAUGCCCAACUGCAGUUUCUCUUGCCGGACAUGAAAACACUCAUACCCGCGAUCAACCAUUUCAAUGUUCCCAAUGCGGGCGUAGUUUUGCUCAAUAUACCAGCAUGCGCAGACAUAUGAAAAUACAUUUCAACGAAAAAGCAUACCAGUGUGACCUUUGUUCAAAAAAUUUCAGACAACGGUCGGUUAUGCUAACUCAUCGAAGGAUUCAUACAGGUGAAAAACCAUUUACCUGUAAAAUAUGUGAUAGAUCGUUUCGCGAUCAUAGUACAUUAGCUAAACACAAAAAACUUCACAUCAAAGCCAAUCAAAAUAAGAGCUAAUUAAAAUUUAACUAGGGUAAGGAACGAAAAAAUCAUGGGUCCAGUAUUUUCAUCAGUCGAAAAAACGGGCCCCAAACUCCAUAGUUUUGAUCAGUAUCGACAAUUUCAAUGACAGGAACGAAAACUCUGAUUAACUAGCUCUUACGAUUAUGUAAAAAACUUAUAAAAAAUCUUUGAAUAAACACCAA